AUGGCGCUCUCUGAUGAUUGCAUUUGCCUGCCUGGGUUUGGACUGCCAAUCGAAUAUAUGCCACCAUUAGAUUACGAAGACAACCACGGCAUCAUACACGGCGCACCCUAUCGACUACCAAACACCGUGGCGCAAAUUGCACGAGGGCGGUUUCCCCAUGCUAUCGCAGACUACUUCACUGGUCAUGGGAUAAGCUUACGCGAGCGCCGCAUGCUCGACUUCAUCAACAAAAUCACUGACAAAGAAGAAUGGGACUUCAAUGUAUUCGACAAGACCAUGGUAGAGAAAUGGCGAAAGGAGACUUGUCGGCACAUUGCAGAGCUGGAUGAUGAGUAUCUUUCGAAGCAGAUGUGGCUGUCUUGCAUGGCAGAGCUAUACGCAAAAGCCUCUCGAUAUGAAGAAACUUCGAUUGCCACAGUCUUGGACGUUGAAGCAAGCGCCGCCAAGUCCGAUCGUGUCAUUCCUCAACAGCUACGGGAGACACUACGUGCAUCUAUACGCCCACUGGAAGAUGUGCCAGAAAGACGGAAAGAUUGGCACUCUCACUCGGAUGAUAUGGUCCUUGAUCUUCUUCAUCCAUCACUUUUCCCGUUAAUCUACGGUCGCUCAAGGGUGCUUGCAAAAGGGCGAGUGCCGCUCCUCGAUUGUACCAAGUACAUCGGCAAGGGCGAAAUUCUGAGUGCUCCCGCCAAGCCAGAGGCGGAGCUGUACGAAACUGAGUUCUCUUGGUUUCGAACUCGGCAACUGCAUGCCUGGGGUAACUUCCAGUGGCUUCCUGCGGAUGUCUGUUUUGCCGCAAAUGGUGGUGUAAAGAUCACAAGCUAUAUCAACAACCUUCUUCCCGAAGCAAAUCAGGAGCUGUACAACACACUCGAGCAAUUUGUCACACAAGCGGUACCUCUUUGGAACGAAGUACUGAACUUUUCACAGAACAGAAAUAGGAUUAGGGUGGACCGAUCGGCUGACGAAGUGCACUUUCGCGACCCACCGAAAGGGUUGAAGCCACCACAUGACUACGACGACGAUGACUUCGGUGACGAAGAGCACUGGGAGUGGUAUCUUGCAAAUCGUGUCUUCAUUCAACCUGAGCCUGUCCUUCAUAUGGAACAUUGUGGGCCUUCUCCAAUCAAUCUCCGGAAACGGUUCGCAGCAUCAGGGCUUCAGGUCAUUUUCAAGCUAGCAAGUAUCCAUCUUACGCCCGAAAAGGCAGCCUAUGAUGGAGGAAAGUGGCACAUAGAGGGUGCGCUAAACGAACACAUCUGUGCCACGGCGCUGUACUACAUUGACGAGGAAAAUGUCACAGACAGCCAUCUCUCUUUCCGCCAUAGGAUAGACUCGGAGAAAGUCGGCUAUAUAAUGGCUCAGUGUGAAUGGGAUGGUUCCAAAAAAAAUGGUGUCAAGAAUCUCGAGCGGGCAUCCCAGGAUGUCGGCUCCAUUCUCACACGCUCAGGUCGCCUUCUUGCUUUCCCAAACGUCUUGCAGCACCGUGUAUCGUCUUUCCGCCUUGUGGAUCCGUCCAAACCAGGCCACCGUAAGAUCCUCGCGAUGUUUCUCGUUGACCCGCAUAUCUGGGUGCUGUCAACUGCAAAUGUCCCCCCACAGCGGCGUGAUUGGUGGGCUGUGGAAAUCCAGGCUAUUCCGCGGUUCAACAAACUACCACAGGAGAUUUUUGAGAUGAUCAUCGACGCCAUCGACGAUUCCCCGAUUAGUUGGGAGGAUGCGCUGGAGAUUAGGGAAGACCUGAUGGCUGAGAGAGGAAGUCUCACUGAUGAGAUUGAGGCUGAGGUUGACGAGGAUGUCUUCGACUUUUGCGAGCACUGAUCAUCCCUCGCACCAUGCGUUGACACCGCGAGAGAUGCCUCAUAUGGGUAUUUGGUCCGGUAAUCUAGCGAUGUCAAGCGGUUGAUUCGAGAUUAGCUAAGAUGCGUCUUGUGGAAACAGCCAUUGGAAGCUCUCUUGGAGAGACUUAAAGUGGACAGGCACGGGAUUGUACUAAAUUCCGUAGCAUUUUUCAAACCCAGAUAAUUAGUCGGGGUACCCCUAGACUCUACUUAAGCGGAAAACCAUACUGAUAUUGAGCGGUU